AGGCGUGGCUAACCCCCAACGCGGAAGUGCCUGUUUCUCUGACUCUGUGGUCCUCAUCGUUCCGUCACCCCGAGAAGAGAAAAAGCGAUUCCUUCUUUUUUUCUCACCGAAAGCUCGUCUGCGUUCGCUGUUCUUCGCGCGAUGUUCUCAAAGAGGUUCAUGUCAUGUCUGCGACCCUCCGCGUCCUUGGCAAGCAGAAGAUUUCUAUGCUCGGCGGUGAAGGGAAGAGCGCCUGACAUGGCCGAAGGAAACCCUCUGUUGCACGUGUCAAAUGUACGGAACAGGCUGCGAGAAAUCGUGGGAGCUUCCACGAACUGGAGCGACCACCAACAGGCCAUGUCAGAACGCGUGUCGCUGUCGUCCAUGUUGGCACGGUCCCAGAGCGAACUUCCGGCCAAGAGCAUGAAGGAGAGUUUCCUUGAGGUGCACCUUCCUCUUGGCUCCGAGCCACAGCUGCGAGAGAAAUACCUCACUUUCCACAACACCGUCAGGUUUGGGCGCAUUCUGGAGGACUUGGAUAGUUUGGCAGUGCUCAUUUCAUACUCGCACACUUACAAUCCCGCCCUGAAGAGGUCGCCGUUGUCCAUUGUCACCGCCCUGGUGGACAAAAUAGACAUGAGGCAGCAGGUGAUCUACCCUGACUGCGACAUCAAGUUCACGGGUCACGUGACCUGGGUGGGGAACACCUCCAUCGAAGCCAAGAUGCACAUGACGCAGUAUCGCAAUGGAGCGUAUUGCCCGGUUCUGGACGCCACGUUUGUGAUGGUGGCUCGCGAUCCAGAGAACAAGAGAGCAGCUUUCGUAAAUCCUCUGAGUCCAGAAGGUCCAGAAGAGGAGGAACUCUACAGGCAGGGAGAAGCUAACAAGUCCCGUCGGGUGGAACUGAGCACAGCGUCCCUCUUGAAAGUGGCGCCCACGGCCGAGGAGAGGAAGAUCGUUCAUGGGCUCUUCCUCAACACCCUGGACACAAAGACGGUGAGCUUCCGCAGUCGAGUGUUGCCGCCGGACUCGGUUUGGAUGGAAGAUUCCAAACUAAAAGGACUGGAGAUCUGCCACCCGCAGGAAAGGAACAUCUUCAACAGGAUUUUCGGAGGCUUCUUGAUGAGGAAAGCGUACGAGCUGGGCUGGGCCAACGCUUGCUCCUUCGGGGGUUGUCGGCCCAGUCUGGUGGCCGUUGACGACAUCCUCUUCCAGAAACCCGUGGAGAUCGGAUCCCUGCUGCUGCUCUCGUCACAGGUGUGUUACACGGAGGGCAAGCACAUCCAGGUCCGAGUUCACAGCGAAGUCUUUGACCCGCUGACCCGCCAGCACAACACCACCAACGUCUUCCACUUCACCUUCGCGUCCGACCGCGACGUCCCCAACAUUGUCCCUCAGUCUUACGGAGAGUCCAUGUUGUAUCUGGAUGGAAAACGUCACUUCAACCAAACCGUGGCGCCACAUUGAACAUGCGAGUGAGUGUGUGUGCAUGCAUGCGCACGUGUGUUACUUUCUUGUGAUGUUUACAAUUCUGUCCCGACGGGAACAUGUUUGACAUCUCCGUUAUGUUACUUCCUUUUUCUUUUGGACCAGUCAUUAUAGACUGCCGCUAUGAUGUCACAGACCUCAUCCACACUAAAAUAGUUAUUAUACUUUAUUUAUCAUCUCCUGGAUGACUCUAUGCACUGCUUGAAUGUAUCCAAUGUUAUAUUUUGACUUCACUCUGUUACACGCUUCACUGUACUCGCGGCAUCUUUUUUCUUGGCCUUAUGAUGCAAUAAAUGGAUUUUUAUUUCUCUGGA